AUGCUCUCGGCAUUGCGUCAUAUUUCGGCUCAAGUAGAACAACAUGGCGACGACGAGUCACGAAGCUGGGGUUAUGCCGACUGGCAGUGGAGAUCUGCGAAAUCGUAAAGGGAAGAAGGUGGCGUAUGAACCAAAUCCCAAAAGAAGGACUCGCAUUGACAGGGACUUCCAGAAGCGCAUGAGUCGUUUGGUUAAAGAAUGGCAUACUAGAACAAAGAUACCAGUUCUACUUUUAACUUUCAAAAAAAAUGCGGUGUGGUAUGAUUGUUCAAAAGGCCUUGACAGAUUUGCCAAAAGUCCAAUUGUCCAGCAAGAAUUUGUCAGACACUGCAUUAAUACAGUGAACAAAAACCAAGAAAAAGCAGAAAAGCCACAGAAAAAAGAUGUCGAUUUCCCUGUUGGAGAAGAAACCAACUAUGAGGAGUUCACUGUGCCUGCAUUAAGGAAAAUGGUGUCAUUAGCCAUUAAGUUGGAUGGACGGAAAACAUCUAAGUGGAAUGAUCCAACCAUGAAGCCAUCAUGGUGGCCAGAAGAUGUUGCAUACAGGAAUGUGAACUGGGGAAAAGACAAGCCGCAUUUUGAUGAGUUAGUCAAAAUAAUGGAAGCAUUUAAUGAUGAUUAUUGUUGCAUCAGUAGUAGUAGUAGGAAUAUUCAUAGAGUUGAAAGUGGUUCAGAGAGUGGUCAAAGUGAUGGUGGUGGUAGUGAUGAUGAUAAUAGAGGAGGUGAUGCUGGUGAUGAUAAUAAUUAUGGUGAUGAUAGAAGAGGUAGUGAUAAUGGUGAUGAUAAUUAUGAUGGUGAUGAUAGAAGAGGUAGUGAUGAUGGUGAUGAUAAUUAUGAUGGUGAUGAUAGAAGAGGUAGUGAUGAUGAUGGUGAUGAUAAUUAUGAUGGUGAUGAUAGAAGAGGUAGUGAUGAUGGUGAUGGUUGUGCUGACUUUAAUAAUGGUAGUCGAGGAUUUGGUGGUGGUGGUCCACUUGGCAACCAAGAGUGUGUGGAAGGAGGAGGUCCAUCAGAAAUUGCUGGUGCAAAGGAAGAUGUUGACGUGAUGGAAAUUGGAAUCCAUAGUCCUCUUAGCUCAAUACAAAGAAAAGAAUUACAGAUAAAAGCUAUGCAUGCUUCUACAAGUAAAGAUCCCUCUAGCACAUUGGGGCUACUAAACUGCCUGAAGACUCAAUCGACUUGGGAAGGAUUUUUGGAUAUAUGUAACAUAAUCUGCCCACAUCUGCGCCCCCUGGCAAUUUGUCAUAUUGGAUUUAUCACAAAAGACGUUGUCCAUAAAUGUUUACGAAACCAAGUUCCGCAAGAAUUACUCGAUCAGCACUUGGAGCCGGGAAAAGUGAAGAGUGAUGGCAAUUGCCUCUUUCAUGCUGUUGCAAUGGCAAUAACUCUGGGAGAUUCUCUUAACCAGUCCUCAACCUGGCUAAUCUACUUCGCUUAUAUGCGACUGUGA